ACAUGAACGACAGCGACGAAGACGAAACCUUCUACUAUCGCUACACCACUCCAACCUCUUCUAAUCCCACAUCCUCCUCCACUGCCACCACCAACACCACCAUUCACAACCAUGGAAGCGGUGGUUUAGCCCCAUCAAAAUCAACCGUCUACGUUAGUAAUCUCGACUUUAACCUCACUAACUCCGAUCUUUUUACUCUCUUCUCCACCUUCGGUAAAGUCGCCCGUGUUACCGUCCUUAAAGACCGUGCAACUCGCCUCAGUCGUGGCGUUUCCUUCAUCCUUUUUGUGUCUCGUAAUGAUGCUGUUUCUGCUGCACGCCAAAUGAAUGGAAAAGUUCUUAAUGGCCGAACCCUAAGAGCUUCGAUUGCUGCUGAUAAUGGUCGUGCUCCCGAGUUUAUUCGGCGACGUGUUUACAAAGAUAAGUCAAGAUGUUAUGAGUGUGGAGAAGAGGGUCAUUUGAGUUAUGAGUGUCCUAAAAAUCAGUUGGGUCCUAGGGAAAGACCUGUUCCUAAAAAGGGUAGAAGAGAGAAAGAGCAAAGGAGGAAAAAUGAGGAUGAUGAGGAAGAUGAUAGAGAAAGGGAUGAAGAAGAGAGUGUUGUUUUUGAGGAAGAUAAUUGGGCUUCUGUGGUUGAUAAUGGUGCUGAUCAGAGAUUAUUGAUGGGUCAUGAUCAUGAAUACUACGAUCAUUCGAAAUCGAGCAAAGGGAAGAAGGUUAAGAAGGCUAGUUAUUUUAGUGAUGAAAGUGGGGAGGAGGAUUAGACUUGU